GCCGUCUUCGACGCUGCACUGCAUAUAUUAUAACAUAUAUCUAUAUGAAUGCAGAGAGAGAGAGAGAGAGAGAGACGCGUCCGUUGGCGCGGCUAUUUAAACGAGGAGCCGCGGCGACGAGUCACCAGUCUUCCGACAGCCGCCAACGAGAUCGAGAUAUAGGAGCUCGAGUCAGCGUGAGAGCCGCGCCGUCGAUCGGUAUAGAGAGCGAAAGCCGAUUUUCACGUGCGCAUAGGAGGAGAGCAGAGGGACUUAUACUCGCUCUCCCCUUCAUCGCAAGCCGGUGCGGAAAGUUAUGCCACUUUGCUGUCAACCGACCUCCCGUUUGCACAAGCGCCAGAGAAUCAAGAAGUUUAUUAAUUACCUCAGUCAGGGAGGAUAAGACGCGAAGACCGAUAACAAGCAGACAGUUGUGUCCUUUGGGUGUAACAAGCUUUUUUGGAUACAUACUUCUGCGAAUUUUGGUCGCUGCUGUUUUUCAAAGUAGCUCGAAUUUCUUGGCUGAUAUUUGAGUUCUCAACGUUUCUUCGAAGAACGAGUACUUACUUACACUGCGUGGAGCUGAGAGUGAAAUAGAUCAUGGGCGUCUUCAGUAAGAUGUUCGGCAAAUACCUGCUGCUCACGAAUACCUUGAGCUGCGGCAUGAUGAUGGCCGCGGGUGACUUGAUGCAGCAGCGCAGCGACUUCCUCAAAAAGCACUUGACGAAAUCGACAGCGGCGAACGAACAAACAACGAACGUCUUGUCCCAGCACACGAAGAAGCUUGCGAAUAGCCUGGACGACGAGUUGGAGAACCUCCAGAGCGUCGUCCGAAUAGUCGCUAAGAACGAGGCACCGGUCGCGGCCAACACGGCCGACGGCUACGACUGGAUCAGAACGCGGAACAUGGCCACCGUGGGUCUGCUCCAGGGCCCCUUUCAUCACUACUUCUACGCCGUUCUCGAGAAAUUCGUGCCCGGAAGAAGCGCUGUGUCGAUCGUUAAGAAGACAUUGCUGGACCAGAGCAUCGCCAGUCCUACGUGUCUGGGGAUCUUCUUCUUCGGACUCGGUGUGAUGGAGAACAGGAACCUCAAGGAGAUCAACAGCGAGGUCAAGCUCAAGCUCGUCGACACUUGGAAGGUGGACUGCAUGUUCUGGCCUCCCACGCAGUUCAUCAACUUCAUGCUGAUACCCCUGCAGUAUCGGGUGAUGUACAUCAACUUCAUGACGAUGAUCUACGACAUGUUCCUGUCGUACAUGAAAUACGACGCAGAAUUCGAGUGAACGAAAUCCAAUCAGAAAACAAAGAGAAUAAAAGGAGGAACUGCAGCGACGCUGGUCAACGUCGCGCUCGAGUUCGCAGAGCCAAAAUUUUCCAAAACGUCCGCAAUUAUCAGAUGAGAAGAUAAGAUGUUCUACGCAUCGGAAAAGUCUCGAAGACAUCGUCAUCGCAGGAUCGCACUGUGGAAGGUUUUUCUCCAGAACAUUCCGUGCUUGGAAAGUAUUUCGAAAAUUCCUAAUCAGAUAAAGGCGUAAGAAGACAGUUAGGAGAGGAGGAGACACGAAAUCGACUGUACGGGACAACGAGCUUUUGAGCUGCGUGUCUCGUGAUUGUAUGAAGUAAAGCAAAAAUUGUAAAAUGACGCACUGACACAAUAUGUACUUUUUUAUCAAGAAACAAUGAAGAUAAAUAAUUUUUUUAUACUAAUUA